GGUAACAAGGGGAAACAAAGGGUAACAAGGGUAACAAGGGGUAACAAGGGUAACAAGGGUAACAGGGCAACAAGGGGUAAGGGUAACAAGGGUAACAAGGGGUAACAAGGGUAACAAGGGCAACAAAGGGUAACAAGGGCAACAAAGGUAACAAAGGAAAAAAGGGCAACAAGAAGGCAACAAGGGUAACAAAGGCAAACAAGGGCAACAAAAGGGUAACAAGGGGUAACAAGGUUAACAAGGGUAACAAGAGGUAACAAGGGGUAACAGGUAACAAGGGGUAACAAGGGUAACAAGGGGUAACAAGGGGUAACAAGGGUAACAAAAGGUAACAAGGGGUAACAAGGGUAACAAGAGGUAACAAAGGUAAAAAGGGGUAAAAGGGGUAACCAGGGGUAAGAAAUGUAAAAAGAAGUAACAAGGGGUAACCAGGGGUAACAAGGGUAACAAGGGUAACAAAGGUAACAAGGGGUAGCAACGGUAAAUAGGGGUAACAAGAGUAAAAAGGGGUAAGAAGGGUAACAAAAAUAAAAAGGUGUAACAAGGGGUAAAAAGGCAACAAGGGUAACAAGGGUAACAAAAGGUAACAAUGGGUAACAAGGGUAACAAGGGGUAACAAGGGGUAACAGGGGGCAAUAACGGGGCAACAAAAGGGUCAAAAAGGUAACAAGGGGUAAAAGGGUAACAAGGGUAACAAGGGGUAAAAAGGGCAACAAGGGCAACAAGGCAAAUAAAGGGUAACAAGGGUAAAUAAGGGUAACAAGGGGUAACAAAGGUAAAAGGGUAACAGGGGUAACAAGGGUAACAACAACAAGGUAACAAGGGUAACAAGGGUAACAAGGGUAAAGGGGUAACAAGGGUAACAAGGGGUAACAAGGGCAACAGGGUAACAAGGCUAACAAGGGUAACAAGGGGUAACAAGGGUAACAAGGGUAAGGGAAUGGGUAACAAAGGCAACAAGGGUAACAAGGGGUAACAAGGGUAACAAGGGUAACAAGGGUAACAAGGGUAAACAAGGGUAACAAAAGGGUAACAAGGGGGUAACAAGGGUAACAAGGGGUAACAAGGUAACAAGGGUAACAAAAGGGCAACAAAACAAGGGUAACAAGGGUAACAAGGGGUAAAAGGGGUAACAAGGGGUAAACAAGGGUAACAAGGGGUAACAAGGGUAACAAGGGUAAAAAAAAGGUAACAAGGGUAACAAGGGGUAACAAGGGUAACAAGGGGUAAAAAGGUAACAACAAAAAAGGGUAGGGUAAAAAGGGGUAACAAGGGUAAAAGGGGUAACAAGGGUAACAAGGGUAACAAGGGGUAACAAGGGUAACAGGGUAACAAGGGGUAACAAGGGUAACAAGGUAACAAAGGGUAACAAAGGUAACAAGGGUAACAAAGGUAAUAAAGGACAAAAAACAAAGGGUAAAAAGGGUAACAAAGGGUAACAAAGGGUAACAAGGGUAACAAGGGGUAACAAGGGGUAACAAGGGUAACAAAGGGUAACAAGGCUAACAAGGGUAACAAAGGGUAACAAGGGGUAAAAAGGGGUAACAAUGGGUAACAAGUGGUAACAAGGGUAACACAGGGUAACAAGGGUAAAAAAGGGUAACAAGGGGUAACAAAAGUAACAAGGGUAACCAAGGGUAACAAGGGGUAACAAGAGGUAACAAGGGUAACAAAGGGUAACGAGUGUAACAAGGGGUAAGAAGGGGUAACAAGGGUAACAAAGGGUAAAAAGGGUAACAAGGGUACCAAAGGGUAACAAGGGGUAACAAGGCAAAAAGGGGUACAAAAUGUAAGAAGGGGUAACAAGGGUAACAAUGGCAACAAGGCGUAAAAAGGGGUAUGAGGGGUAACAAAGGGUAACAAGGGGUAACAAGGGUAACAAAGGUAACAAGGGGUUACAAGGGUAACAAGAGGCAACAACGGUAACAAGGGUAACAAGGGGUAGCAAGGGUACCAAGGGUAAAAAGGGUAACAAGGGUAACAAGGGGUAACAAGGGUAACAAGGGUAACAAGGUGUAACAAGGGGUAACAAGGGUAACAAGGGAUAACAAGGGGUAACAAGGGGUAACAAAGGGAAAUAACAAUAAGGGUAAACAAGGGUAACAAGGUAACAAGGGUAACAAGGGCAACAAGGGGUAACAAGGGUAACAAGGGUAACAAGGGGUAACAAGGGAAAAAAAAAGGGUAACAAGGGGGUAACAAGGGUAACAAGGGGUAACAAGGGUAACAAGGGGUAAAGGGGGUAACAAGGGUAAAAAGGGGUAACAAAGGGGUAAAAGGGUAACAAGGGUAACAAGGGUAACAACGGGGGUAAAAGGGUAACAAAGGUAACAAAAGGUAACAAGGGGUAACAAGGGUAACAAGGGUAACAAGGAGUAACAAGGGUAACAAGGGGUAACAAGGGUUACAAGGAGUAACUAGGGUAACAAGGGGUAACAAAGGGUAACAAGGGGUAACAAGGGUAACAAAGGGUAACAAGGGGUAAGAAGGGUAAGAAGGGGUAACAACGGUAGCAAGGAGUAAGAAGGGGUAACAAGGGUAACAAGGGGUAACAACGGGUAACAACGGGUAACAAGGGGUAACAAGGGUAACAAAGGGUAACAGGGGGUAACAAGGGUAACAAAGGGUAAAAAACAAGGGUAACAAGGGUAACAAGGGGUAACAAGGGUAACAAGGGGUAACAAGGGUAACAAGGGAUAACAAGGGUAACAAGGGUAACAAGGGGUAACAGGGGUAACAAGGGUAACAAGGGUAACAAGGGGUAACAAGGGUAACAAGGGGUAACAGGGGUAAAAAGGGUAACAAGGGUAACAAGGGUAACAAGGGUAACAAGGGUAACAGGGGUAACAAGGGUAACAAGGGGUAA